AUGGCUGCUUGUCAUCUCCGUUCAAUCAGCUUACCAUAUGGAUCUCAUCCUCUAACUGCAACUAUUGAGGAGCAUCUGUACAAGUUGAAGGCAUCACAGUCCUCCUCAAUAUUCCACAAAUUGAGUGGCCUAAAGAAUUUGUACGAGUGUGUUGAUGAUUUGCUACAACUGCCACUGGCCCAACAGUCUCGCUCCCAUGAGAGGCAAAGCCAGUGCGUAGAAAAUGCAUUGAAUGGAUCUCUGAAGCUCUUGGAUUUGUGCGACUCCAUGAGAGACUUUUUCUCAGAUAUGAAGGAAUGUGUGCAGAGGCUUGAAUUAUCUCUCAGCAGAAGAAAAGGCGGAGAGUCUGGCUUGACAGGUGAAGUUGACAAAUACAUGACAUAUAGAAAUAAGUUGAACAAAGCAAUUUGCAAAUGUCUAAGAAAUUUGAAGAAAAAGGAGAGGAAUUGUGCAAUGGCAGAUUUGGACAACAACUCCAAUUUGACAAAUAUGAUUAGCAUGCUAAGAGGAGUUCAAGAAAUUGGACUUGUGGUGUUUGAGUCGAUCUUAUCUUUUAUUUCUCAGCCAAAGGCAAAAUCAACAUCCUCUAGCUGCAAAGACAUCAGUAUUUCACAACUUCAAAAUGUUCUAAAAGGAUUAGAAGCACUGGAGUCAAGCGUUCAAGAAGUAGAGGAGGAGCUGGAAUGCAUCUAUACCCAAUUGGUGAAAACCAGAGUAUCCCUUCUCAACAUUCUGAAUCAUUAAUGUUGGCGUUUCCAUCAACUGCACAACACAAUUUUGUAUCAUAAGACUUUCACUCUAGUUGUAGAUAUAUGUACAGAUAGAGAAUGAAAUUCAAUACAACAUGCUAAGAUUGAUAAACUUUCCCUCAA